AUGGGCUUCUCCUCGACCUUGCUGGCCAGCGCCGCCGUCACCUUCCUGCUGCCCCUGCUGCUCUUCCUGGCCGCCGUCAAGCUCUGGGAGCUCUACUGCGUGCGCGGCCGGGACGGCGGCUGCCCCCUGCCCCUGCCGCCCGGCACCAUGGGCCUGCCCUUCUUCGGCGAGACGCUGCAGCUGGUCUUGCAGCGGCGGAAGUUCCUGCAGAUGAAGCGCCAGAAGUACGGCUUCAUCUACAAGACGCACCUCUUCGGGCGGCCCACCGUGCGCGUGAUGGGGGUGGAGAACGUGCGCCACAUCCUGCUGGGCGAGCACCGGCUCGUGGCCGUCCAGUGGCCCGCCUCGGUGCGCACCAUCCUGGGCGCCUGCCCUUCGGUUCUCCACAUAGGGCAAGCAGGUCAAACCCUAUACCCGCGGCAGGUCAUAAUGCGGACUUUCUCGCGAGAGGCCCUGCAGCACUACAUCCCGGUCAUCCAGGAGGAGGUGAGCGCUUGCCUCCGGCAGUGGCUGGCCGGGAGCGGCGAGGGCGAGGCGGGCCUGCUGGUCUACCUGGAGGUGAAGCGCCUCAUGUUCCGCAUCGCCAUGCGCAUCCUGCUGGGGUUCCGGCCCAGCCAGACCGGGCCCGACAGCGAGCAGCACCUGGUGGAGGCCUUCGAGGAGAUGAUCCGCAACCUCUUCUCGCUGCCCAUCGAUGUGCCCUUCAGCGGCCUCUACAAGGGCUUGAGGGCGAGGAACAUCAUCCACGCCAAGAUCGAGGAGAAUAUCCGGGCCAAGCUGGCCGGGAAGAAGGAGCCCACCGACGGCUACAAGGACGCACUGCAGCUGCUGAUGGAGCACACGCAGAGCAACGGGGAACAGCUCAACAUGCAGGAGCUCAAAGAAUCUGCAACAGAGCUGCUCUUUGGAGGGCACGAAACCACGGCCAGUGCUGCUACGUCCCUCAUCACCUUCUUGGGCCUUCAUCCUUGCGUUCUGCAAAAAGUGAGAGAGGAACUGCAAGCCAAGGGAUUGCUGGGCAACGUAAACCAAGAUAAGAAUCUGGGAAUGGAAGUGUUGGAGCAGCUGAAGUACACGGGCUGCGUCAUCAAGGAGACUCUCCGGCUGAGCCCACCAGUUCCAGGAGGAUUCCGAGUGGCGCUCAAGACUUUUGAGUUAAAUGGAUACCAGAUUCCUAAAGGCUGGAAUGUUAUCUACAGUAUCUGUGAUACUCAUGACGUUGCAGAAAUCUUCACCAACAAAGAUGAAUUCAACCCUGACCGAUUUAUGUCCCCUUUCCCGGAAGAUGCGUCCCGAUUCAGUUUCAUCCCUUUUGGAGGCGGCUUGAGGAGCUGUGUGGGCAAAGAGUUCGCAAAAAUCCUUCUCAAAAUCUUCACGGUAGAGCUGGCCCGGAACUGUAACUGGCAACUUUUGAAUGGGCCCCCCACAAUGAAGACUGGCCCUAUUGUGUACCCAGUGGACAAUCUGCCUACAAAAUUCACAAGAUUCAAUGGUCAAGUCUAA